GUCUGGAGAAGAAGUGACAGAGCGUCCAUCUCAGCCAUGUCACAUUUCAAUGCAUCAGAGUUACAGUCGCUUCUCCUCACGUUCCUGCAGAGCUGCCUCAACAGCACGAGCGGACGUCCCUCUCAACAACCUCAGAACUUCACUGUUCAGCCGGCGUUGCAGCACUUAACUGGAGUCAGAGAUCAAUCUCAGGGCUUCAUGUAUAUUCUCCUAGUGGUUGGCAUGUUCAGCUUCUUCACCUUGGGCAUCAUGCUCAGCUACAUCCGUUCCAAGAAGCUGGAGAAUUCUCAGGAUCCGUACCACCAGUAUAUCGCCAAGGACUGGAGCAAAGUGCCGUCACCAUCCAGAGCUGUGACUCAGGUUCUGCACAAGGCUGCAUCGGAUGACAGAGUCCACACCAACGACUCAGUUGUCAUCUGUAACCAAGCAGCCGUUGAACAGCUUCCCGGUUAG